GCCGGCCCCGGAAGUAGCCGCGGAGCCCGGCCUGGACGUCGGUGCGGGGCUCGGCCGCAGUCGCUUUUCUUCGUGUUUCUGGUCACACCGCCACCGCCGCCAUGGGGAAGCGACAGCACCAGAAGGACAAGAUGUAUAUUACCUGUGCUGAGUACACUCACUUUUAUGGAGGCAAGAAGCCAGAUAUCCCACAAACGAAUUUUCGUCGUUUGCCAUUUGAUCACUGCAGUCUCUCUCUGCAGCCCUUUACCUACCCCGUGUGCACCCCGGAGGGCGUUGUCUUUGACUUGCUGAACAUUGUCCCUUGGCUUAAGAAGUAUGGGACCAACCCCAGCAACGGCGAGAAACUGGAUGGGAGGUCUCUGAUCAAGUUGAACUUUAAGAAGAACAGUGAAGGUAAGUACCACUGCCCGGUGCUCUUCACAGUGUUCACCAACAACACGCACAUUGUGGCCGUGAAGACCACCGGUAACGUCUACGCCUACGAGGCAGUGGAGCAGCUCAAUAUCAAGGCCAAGAACUUCCGAGACCUGCUCACGGAUGAGCCCUUCACCCGUCAGGACCUCAUCACCCUGCAGGACCCCACCAAUCUGGACAAGUUCAAUGUCUCCAACUUUUAUCAUGUUAAGAACAACAUGAAAAUAAUCGAUCCGGAUGAAGAAAAGGCCAGACAGGACCCAUCUUACUACUUGAAAAACACAAACACCGAGACCCGAGAGACGCUGCAGGAGCUCUACAAGGAGUUCAAGGGGGACGAGGUGCUGGCGGCCACCAUGAAGGUGCCCGAGAAGAAGAAGGUGGACAAGCUUAACGCUGCCCACUACUCCACGGGCAAGGUCAGCGCCUCCUUCACCUCCACUGCCAUGGUUCCGGAGACCACGCAUGAAGCAGCCGCCAUCGACGAGGACGUGCUCCGCUACCAGUUCGUGAAGAAGAAGGGUUACGUGCGGCUGCACACCAACCGGGGAGACCUCAACCUGGAGCUGCACUGUGACAUGACGCCAAAGACCUGUGAAAACUUCAUCAGACUCUGCAAAAAGCAGUAUUACGAUGGCACCAUCUUCCACCGAUCCAUCCGGAACUUUGUGAUCCAGGGUGGUGACCCCACUGGCACGGGCACGGGCGGGGAAUCCUACUGGGGAAAACCCUUCCGAGACGAGUUCCGGCCCAACCUCUCCCACACGGGCCGCGGAAUCCUGAGCAUGGCCAACUCGGGGCCCAACACCAACAAGUCCCAGUUCUUCAUCACCUUCCGCUCCUGCGCCUACCUGGACAAGAAGCACACCAUCUUCGGGCGGGUUGUUGGGGGCUUUGACACGCUGACAGCCAUGGAGAAUGUGGAGAGUGACCCCAAAACUGACCGUCCUAAGGAGGAGAUCCGCAUCGAUGCCACCACCGUGUUUGUGGAUCCCUAUGAAGAGGCUGACGCGCAGAUCGCUGAGGAGCGAAAGAAGACAGAGGUCAAGGAGGAGGCUCCAGAGAGCACAGCCAAGCCCAGCCCAUCCACAUCAGCGAGCCAGGGCCCCCAGACCUACCGCCAGGGGGUGGGCAAGUACAUCAACCCGGCAGUCACGAAGCGGGUAGCAGAGGAAGAGCUGUCCACCAGUGCGGGGGUCUCAGCAGCCAAGAAGAAGCCCAGCCGGGGGUUUGGAGACUUCAGCUCCUGGUAGCAGGCGCUGCCCUGCAUCUCAGGGAAGACCUGGGACAGGCGCUUCUCCGCGUGGACUGAGAUUGAAUAAACUCAGAUCUUUCCUGCCAGCA